CCGUCACAUACAGUCAGUGAAACACAGCAGCGCAGCACGGACGCAGUCACCAUGAAGCCCAUCAGCCUGUUCAGGAUCCUUGUCAUUCUCCUGUGUGCGGUGGUUUUUGUCGGAGUUUUGAUUGUGAACGCUUUGGCCGGAGCGGGAAAGGCAUUUUUCAGUUCCAAUGUUGGUAACGUGUCAGCCCGCUAUGAGACAGGAAUCACUCCAGCCGGCUGGACCUUCUCCAUCUGGGGGGUUAUCUAUACCUGGCUCACCCUCAUGGUCAUAUACAUCACCUGCUAUGUCUUCAGAGGAGCCUGGGCUCAGUGUCUGCUGCCCUAUGCCUUCUAUUUCUGUUGGCUGUCCAACAUGGUGAUGAAUGUGGCAUGGCUGCUGCUGUGGGACAGAGAGCUGAUGCUGGCGUCUCUGGUUGUUUUAACCCUGAUUUCGAUUACCAACUACAGCGCUUUGUUCUUCUGUUGCUUUGCCACUGAUUUCUAUGGACUCUGGUUAAAGACAUACCAUCGCAAAGACCUGGCCUGUCUCUACAUACUGUGCCAGAAUGGUUUGGCUCUGUACACCACAUGGACGUGCAUCGCCUCUCUGAUCAACUUCUCAGUGGUUCUCCAGCUGUGGGGUGUAGACAAGAGCACAGCAGCCUCCGCCUCGCUGUGCCUCCUGUUUGGAGAGGUGGCUGCUUGGUUCAUCCUUGAGAACUGGGUGCUGGACCGUUGGGUGCGUAACAUCCUCACAGUGUACCCUGUGGUGAUUGUGGCGCUGAUCGGAAACAUCGUCAAACAUUUCAACCCAGUGGAUCCCACUAUAAAUUCUAUCUUCAUGGUUAUUCUGCUGGUGGUGGUGUGUGUCCUGCUGGUGUCCCGUGUCUUCACAGUCAUCUGGAGGAACAGGUGGAGGCCUCUCCACUCCCCAGGCUCAGCACGGGUGAUGGUGUCACCUCUCGACAGCAGAAAAUUCAGGAUCUUCUCUUAAACCAGGAGGACCUGUCCCCCCUGCAGACCCUCAGCUCUCAGCCCAGACACACUGUCUCCUCUCACACAGCUGUGCUUUAAACACUCUAAAAUACUAACAAACUACUUUGACUGUUUACCACUUACAUUAUUAUUGUUCAUAUGCAAAGCACCUUUUACUGAAUGACUUAAUUACCAUGUUUUGUAUUGCUAUUUGAAGGCAGUCUUAUUUUUACAUCAAUGGCUUUUAUAAUUUUGUACCUACACAGUGGCUGUCAAUAUGUUUGUUUUUCGAUAGUAUAAUUUGACUAAGAAGACGCUUUGAAUUCAGUCUGAUUAACUAAGUAAGACCCUGUUGCUUUAUACAACAGGGGACAGACCUGAUUUGUCUCCCUCCAACUCAUUGUCUGCUUUCAUUAUGCAGCUUCUCCCAUGUGCAAUGAGUGCUCUUCAUUCCGACGGAUUAUGAACUGCCUCUUGGUUCCUCACACGGCUUAGCACUUUAUUAUUAUCUUUUCGUUGUCUUGCUGUUUUCUUUGCUUUUAUCAUAUAACAUGGAUUUUACUCUAAGAGUGUGCAUUGUACCCACACUGUUGGUUUUUUUAAGAAGAAGAAAUGCUCAUGUUCCACAUUCUUUUAUUUUUAUGCUGCAAAUAAAAUUUCCUCAUGAGGGACAAUAAAGCUUAAGAACAACA